GAGGGGGAGGAAGGGGAGGAAUCUUCUCAGUAAAUCUGAAUCUCUCUCAGCUUACACAAUCUCCGACUAAACCUCAGGCUCAGUAAUGCUCGGUACACUGCAAUAGUGAGCCGUACCAUCGUACCCUUUCUGCUGCUCGAGGAUACACAAAGCACAAAUCUGGACAUGGAGGAGGCCGACCUGCUGAAGGAGAGGCUCCAGGCCAUCAUGGACAAAAGAAGAAUCCAGGAAGAAAUUGCCAAGAAGAGGAGACAGAUAGAAGAAGAGAAGUUAAAACUCCAGUACAUAAAGAAGAAGGCUUUGAGGGAGCAGUGGCUGAUGGACGGUCUGAGUCAGCAGUCGGAGGAGGAGCAGGAGGCCAUGAGGCUUCAAGCUCAAGACGAACAGCAGCAGAGUGAUCACCUGCAGAGCAACGUCAUCAGCCAUCCUCAUGCCACACCCAGGAACAAGCGCCCAAGUCUGAACUUCUGGUUUAAAAGUGUUAUUGACUCUUUUAACCUGACACAGUGGGUCACUGGCCCCAUCCCACCCCAAAAAGGACACAUACUGGACUUGGUGCUAUCCCAGGAUGUGACCCAUCAUGUCCCUUCACCACUACCAGAUAUGCUAUCACUCAUUCCACUGGCAGCAGCAGAAACCCAUCCUGUAUGUGAGCUCGGUAGCCAUGAACCAAAGAAAGCUACAUUUGCGAUGAAGAUCAGUGUGGAAAAUGAUAAGAAAACAGGCAAAAGUCAUGUGGUGUCAGCUUCAACCAUCAUCCCAGAAACCAUCCAAAAGAAUGGGAUAAAGGUGUAUGAUGAUGGGCGUAAGUCUGUGUAUGCACUGCACCCAGGGACAACUAAAAUCCAUAGUGAAACAGUUGGAGAGAUGACCCCUGCAGAGGUAGAAGAGCUUCUGCAUCAGGCCGCUGAUAGGAAUGUACCUACUGAGGUGCAGUACCAUCUACCUGUCUAUUCUGUACCCUAUAUAGGGACGAAUAGGCCAUCAACACCAAGGAAAUCAACUAAAUCACUAACAAACUCAAAACCCAGCCCCUUACGGAGUGUAAACUCAUUCAAAAAUGGAUCUCUAAUCCUAAAUGAGAAGAACCACUGCAGCCAAGGCCUGCAGGAACAAAAAUCCCCAAACAAAACUCCUCUAUCGAUCUGUCAAGACUCGACUUUAAAAGUACGAAGAGUUGGAGAAGGGGCCAAACUGCACUCUCGAGAGCAGGCCAAGUGUGAGACCUUUCUAAUACCCCAGUCACACUUUAGCACCAAGUGUCCAAGAGCAUUCGCCAACAGCACGACAGAUACAAGCAGUCCAAACACAGCAGCUCUUGUUUCAGUUAAACUCAGGUCUGAAGGAAUGCCUGGACCCAAAGAGCCUGUCUACAGAACAUUAGAUAGAUCUAGUUCUUCACCCGUCCACCAUAAAUUUGAUCCUGAUCCCUUGCUAGGCACCUCAGGUGACUCUAACAAAGAUUUACCCUCUUGUGCAGAAAAUAAUGUCUCUCUGAACCUUGUCGGCACUCUGCCAGGGGAGCUGAAGUUAGAACCCAUAUCAAUGAUCUUCAUGGGCUACGAGAAUGCUGAGGAGGAGGAGGAAGACAUUCAAGCUGAGUUGGUGAUUAUUGACAACAGUUCUGAUAAUAACGACAAUGAUGAGGAUGAAAAUGAAAUCAACAGGGAAGAGUAUCUUUUAUACCACCCACAGGGGUACAGAAGCAAAGUAUUUCAACCCAAGGUGCAUAUAGCUAAGGUCAUAGAGCUCAGAGACAUUACAGAUACCUAAAGAGACCAGGAGGAUUUAGGACUCCACAUUCAUCCACAAGCAUGGAAAGCACAGUCCUUAUUUACAGAAGCGGUCACAAUGGGGAAGAUGAAGCUCAAUCAAACAGGAAAAUGAGAAACUGAAUUGGGAAUAUAAUUUGUUAGGUGACUUUUCUUCCCCAUCAUUUCUUUGAUUCUUUGUUUGUCUUUUUUUCUGGUGAAUGUGUUCAUGCAUGCAUUUUCUGCUGCCAAGCCAAUGUAGUAUGUCUCAGCCUGCCAAUCUUUAAUAAUAAUAAAUUGUGAUUCGUGCCAUUAUGAAACCUUAACUUCUCUUGAGUGAUAGAAACACCUGAUGGACUUUUUGUUUAUUAGUAACUGUGCCACUGGAAUUUACAUUUUAUCAUUCAGUUAGUUUGUUGCUUUGUAACUGAGUUGCAUUAAAUGGUACUGUGCUGUGAAUCAACCUGCUCAUACCUUUGAUCUAAGUUCAUUCGUUUGGUCAAGUCUAUGUCUUAAAUAUCUGAUGGCAGUUAUCUACCAAAUGUCCUUGUUUCUAGUGCACUUUAGGAGUUGGAAUGGGAGAGUCUGGUAUUGGCGGGGCAUAAACAUGUCAAAAUAUUAAAACCUUUGUUGUAAAAAUAUUAAAUAUAUCAUUUUAUUAUGA